AUGAUAAUGGGAUCUACAUAUGAUUUAAAAGAAAAUUACGCCUUCAGUAGCUAUGAAGAGUUAAACAAAGCGAUAACACUAUAUGAAAAACAGAAUAGGGUACAAUUUUGGAAACGAGAUUGCAAAACUUUGGACAAUGCUAAAAAUCACUGCCCAAAGUUAUACAGCAAAGGUAAGGCUGCAUUAAAAUAUAUUAUAAAAUACUGUUGCAUUCAUGGAGGACAAUCAUUUCGACCAAAACAACCGUUGUCUGUUACUAAACGACGUCUACGUGACAGGAAAUACUUGGGACAUGAAUUAUUUUGUGAUAGUAUUUUUAACAGUAGAUGGACUAGAGAAUACAUUAAAUAUUUCUACAGUGGUUCUUUACAGAAUUCCAGAACGGAGACUGAACUAGAGCAACUUACGACAUUAAUAAGUUAUUCCUCAAAUACACGCCAAAAGAAAAUAUUGAAUUCGCAUGAAAAAUUUAAAAAGGCUCAAAGUAUUUGUCUUAAUUUAUCCACUAUGUGUAGCGAAGUUUCAACAUCAGAAUUUAAUGAAAGGAUGAGUAUAUUACUUCAAUUACAACGAUGUUGGCAAAAUCUCGAAAAAGUACAAAUAAUUAAUUCCGAAAAUGCCCAAAACUCCAACAAUUUGGAUUUGAACGAAAGAUUUUCAGAACAUAAUGUUUACAGUAAUAAUAGUGUCGUGCAACAGGACUGUCAAAACAUCAGUUUACUUUUAUGA